AUGCUUCACUACCUCGCAGACGAACACUAUGAACGAACGAAUGAUGGUAGCAGUUUCUUCACUCGCCCUCCACACAAUGAGAAACCACUUACCCCCAUCGAACAUGCCAUCGACUCUGCUUUGAUUGAAUUGGGCGAUAAUACCAAACGAGUUGAGUACUGGUCACGAGACGAGUACAUGAACAUUGAUGCUCAUGCUGAUAUUGACGAAGCAAUGCUAGAAGACGAAGGUGAAGUGAGAUGUCCCCUGGUAGGGCAUGUUCUGUACCUUAUAGUAAAACCAGGUCUACACGGUCCUACUUGCGUCUUUCCCAAAGAGCAAAACGGUUGGGGGCUAACAGAAGACAACGGUGAAGGAAGAGAAAAGGACUUGGUGGUGGUUCCUGCCGUGGAGGGUCGGCUGCUGAGAUUUCCAGGAAAUGCGAUGCACGCCGUUCCAAAUCCGCCAGAUCGAUGGCUACUAAGUUUGGAAGACGAAAAGGCACUAAGGACUGAGGAAGAGGACUGCGAAAAGGAAGAAAGCGAGACCGAAGACGACGAGGAAUGGGACGAAGAAGAUGAUGAUGCUGACGACGAAGAGGAUGAAGAGAUUGAACGAUCAGUUCUGCUCUUCAAUACAUGGCCGGAUGAUCAACCGGGACCUCGCGGAGUUAAUGGAGAUAUAGCGACCGGUGCUUUGCCAGAAGGUAUUGAGAUCAGCGAAGAGGACGCGGCAGCGUACUUGAAAUCUCAUGAGGCCGAAAUUCUCAGAGAAUGGGAAGAGGAGUUUGGACGGAAUGGCGAAGAGCUUCGGUGCAAUCCUUUUAGUGAGUGGUCGCCGCUCGAUAUCGAAAGUGUCAAUAGUGAAAAUAAGGACCCCAAUGGCAUCAAUGUGUCAUUAAUGGGAAGAAAGAACAGAAGGUUGUAUCCUAAAAAGUAUGCUGAAUUGAAGGGACCUCGCGAAGAGAUGAGGGAAGCCUUGAAGCAAGACACCAGAGUCAGUGCAAUAUCAUUGCGAGUAGAAUAG